UCCAUUGUUCAAAGCAUUAUGAAUUUAUUUUUUCCAUAUCAACAUGAAUAUGCUUUUACCUCAAUAUUGAAAAACUUGGGAAACAUUGUGUAAUAACAACUUGAUGAUGAUUAAAAAUGUGUGAAAGAAUUCUUGAAGGAAGGAAAAGGAAACCUAAAAAUGAAGAAGAUGAAGCUAUGGGUUUCGGGGAUUUUGGAGGUUAUUUCGAGGCCAAAAAGUCCAAACUGGUGGAGCAGUAUAUGCAAACAGCAGAAACAACAAAUUCCAAAUCGAACAUAUUCAAAGGUGUAGCAAUAUUUGUAAAUGGCCUAACCAACCCCAACGCUGCAGAAUUGAAGAAGCUUAUGGCGGAACACGGAGGAAUGUAUCACGGUUAUCAAAUGUCCACUACUACACAUAUUAUUGCUUCGAAUUUGGCCUAUGCGAAGACAAAGAAUUUGGGGAGCGUACCAAUAGUUAAAGCCUCUUGGAUUACAGAUAGCAUCAAUCUCAAUAAACUAUUGGAUUAUAAGAGAUAUAUACUGUUUUCAAACCAAAGUGCUGCGCAACCUAGAUUGAAUUUUCCCGUCCUACAAGAUGUGAAGAUAUCAAAGGAAGAGAAUGUGGUUGACAAUAAUUUAUCAUCUUUGACGGUGAAAAAGGAAAAUACAUCUGUGAGGCUUGACUCAAGUUCAAAGAAAAAUGUUAAUGAACUAUCAAGUAAUGAAGGAAGCAGUAGAAUAUCUAAAACAGCAUCAGAUCCUGAAUUUUUAGAAGAGUUCUUCAACAAUUCUAGGCUUCAUCUUAUAGCCACCAUGGGUGCUGAAUUUAAGCAACUCAUGUCACAAUUGAGAGCUAAAUCAGAUGGUAAAUUCAUAGGGAAAGAACAGCUACUAUCAAAAGGCAAAGUGGACAGUAAGAGAUUGUAUUCGUCAGUUGUGAUGCACAUCGAUAUGGACUGCUUCUUUGUGUCGGUCGGUCUCAGAAACAGACCCGAAUUAAGGGGUCAGCCAGUUGCCGUAACCCACGCUAGAAACGGUCAGAUUUCAACGUAUAGACCUGGAAGAUCCACGGAAAUAGCUAUGAACCUCGAAAGGGCCCCCGAGAAUAUCGUAGAGAAAAUUUCGAAUUUAGACAGUCAUUCCUCGAUGUCCGAGAUUGCCUGCUGCAGCUACGAGGCCAGGAAGUGCGGCAUAAAGAACGGAAUGUUUCUGGGAACCGCUGUGAAAAUGUGUCCCGGCCUCAGGACUAUACAGUACGAUUUUCAGGGUUAUAAAGAGGUGGCUUCGAUUUUGUACGAAACGGUGGCUAGCUACACCUUAGAUAUAGAAGCCGUGAGCUGUGAUGAGAUGUAUGUCGAUGUCACGAAAUUACUGAAUGAGACUGGGCUGACGGUGAAUCAGUUUGCAACUCACCUCAGAUCGGAGAUAAUGGAUAAGACCGGAUGUCCCUGUUCUACAGGUUUCGGGGCCAAUAAGUUACAGGCCAGACUGGCCACUAAAAAGGCGAAACCAAAUGGGCAAUUUUACCUGGAGGUAGACGAUGUCGAGGCUUAUUUUUCUGAUAUACCCCUCGGGGAUUUGCCAGGGGUAGGAAGGGCCACUCUUGGUAAAUUGAAAAGUUUGGGGUUCCAUACUUGCGGAGACGUACAGGCUGCUCCUUUGAGCCUCUUACGGUCGGAACUGGGGCAAAAGAUCGGUGAAACAAUCCUGGAACAAUCCAGGGGAAUAGAUAAGAAACCAUUGAAUUUUAACCACGAACGAAAGUCUGUCUCGGCUGAAGUGAACUACGGAAUACGAUUCAAAACGCAAGAAGAGUGUUACAAGUUCCUGCAAAGCCUGUCCCAAGAGGUUUUUAACAGACUGAACGAUAUUGGAAUGAGGGCCAAGUGCUUAACCUUAAAACUGAUGGUUAGGGCUGCUGAUGCUCCGGUUGAAACAGCCAAAUUUUUGGGACACGGAAUCUGCGACAGUCUCAGCAAGAGUACCCCCACAAAUAUAACAGAUGUUAAAACGGUCUUUAGAGAAGUCAAGCAGCUUUACGACAAGUUUGACGUACCUUUCGUCGAUUUGAGGGGGGUGGGGAUCCAGCUGUCCAAAUUGGAGAAAACCGGACCUACCAACGCGGUCAUGAAGAAUUUUCUGAACCAAACAUCUGUUAAGGUUGAAGACAAAAGUGGUAAAGAUUGUGUUGUGCGAGCUCCGGAUACCGUUGAAAUGAAUUCCAUGCAGGAAAAUAUGAAAACCCGUCCACAAAAACAGGAGAAGAGAAAAGAAUCACCAAGGGAGCAAAAUAACAAUGCUUCGAAAAACAAGGAAACCAAAUCAAAACGAGGUAGACCACCGGGAAGUAAAAGUAAAUCGAAAAAUAACACCAAAAGUAGUCCUUCUCCGUUGUUAGAUAGAUAUUUGAAGAACAUGGGUACUCCUGUUAAGCUUCAAAAAUGCCAAAAUAUCGACUUGGAAGUCUUGUAUGAAUUACCUGAGGAGUUACGGCACGAAAUAAUGAAAGAAUACAACAUAAACCGAGGAACUGUUGAAAUGCAGAAGAAACAAGAAAAAACAGCUAAAAAAGACACAAAAGUAGAGAUUGCUAAGGAGCCCAGUUCUGAAACAACUCGAGCCACUUCAGUCAAUAGUCCUAAACUUAAAAAAAACAAACUAUUCGAGGGCUUGAGCAUGGGAGAACUGAAACGAGCUGUGCAAUCAUGGCUGUCGUCGGAACAAGAACCGAUAAAAAUUGAUGUGGAAUUGAUUUCGAAACAUUUCAGGCAACUCGCUAUGGACAGACGAAUCGAGGACCUGAAAAUUAUAUUCAACUUCCUACAUAGGAAUUUUACUAAAAUGAACUGCAAAUGGCACGAGGCGUAUUUUUCCAUCGUGAACAGCAUGCAGCAAGGGAUGGUAUCCCGUUACGGUGCAACCUUGAUGGUGAAAAGGAAAUUUCCUUGCUGUUGGUAAAAUAUUGAAGUUCUGUCACUGUCAAAAAUAUGCAAGAUUGACAGUAUUUUGACAACUACGGAACCGAAGUUUUCAUUGGCGCCAUCUGUUUUCAGAUAAAAGUUGUGAUAUGAACUAAUUUAUGGAGCAAUACCUAUAAUUCUUUUAUUUAUUAUGUAAAAAUCAUGUUUUAAUAUACGAUUAUUGAAU